AUUUUCAUCCAUGUUUUCGGAUAUGGCUGCUACCGAGCCUGCUCGCCUAUCGAGCCAUGCCCUCCUUGGUUCAAAGAGAUCAUCAAUUUUUUGAGAUUUCCUUCCUGGGCGACUGCCAAGGCUGGGGAUGCGGUUGUAUUCUGUGGGUUGGUUUUGCGAGAGAGCCGAUUCUGAAGUUUGUGACACGAAAUUUUUCAUAUUAUGCUAAAAGUUGGAAGAAUUUCACGGAAAGAAGUAUGUGCUUAGAUUCCCAUCAGAAGGAAGUGAUUGUUUGAGAGGUUUCAUUUCUUUAGUUGCCGCUACUUAAUGAGAAGUUCGGAGGAUGCAAGAGGAAGCCUGGUGGGCUUAUUUGUAGAGAUGCAUUAGAGAUGCUCAGUUUAGAAUGAGCUCUGGAAGAAGUUUUUGGGAUGAUUUUCGAAAUUGAAUUCUUUGGAAGCUUGAGCAGUUUCAAUGAAACCAAUACGAAUUGAUGAGAAAGUAAUUAUUUGGAGUGAUAGGAAAUAGGAUUUUCUGUGAUGGCCACAGGGAAAAUGGAGAUGGUGGCGACUGCUAGCUACGCUCCAGUUUCAACUUUCGCGCAGUUCUUUUCGCUUGAGAGCUUCAAAUUUCCAUAUUCAGCUACCGUUGUUGCUAAAAGCCCCUCAUCCAGGAAAUUUUGCACCCACGCGUUAAGACACAAAUCCAGGGGUUUAGGGUUUCAGGGGAGGAACGCGAGUUGUGAAUUUGUAGGAGCAGAGUUCAAUUCUGAAUUAUUGAGCUCUCAUUGGUCAAACAGAUAUAUUUCCUGUAAUUCCUCAAUCACGAGAAUUGCUGCAUUGCGACAAGGUCACUUUGCGGAGCCGAUUGUGACAGUAGGGGAAGUAGAGAAACAUGAAAAGCAGCUGACGGAGGAGGAAGCUGUGACCGAGUAUCUCGAGUCCGUCGGAAUUGAUCCGAGUAGCUUCGACGAACUCUAUCUGCAGCUUCAGCUUCCUGCUUCUUUGGAUAUUGUGCGUGAGCGGGUCAUGUUUCUGCAGAAGAUUGGACUCACGGUGGAGGACAUAAAUGAUUAUCCUAUCAUGUUGGGAUACAGUGUGAAGAGAAACUUCAUCCCUGUGCUCACUUAUCUUGAAUCCCUGGGGGUGACGUCGAAUUCACUUCCGAUUCUCGUGCGUAAGUAUCCGCAAAUUCUUCACACUAGUGUAGUAAUCGACUUGCAACCGCAUGUCGAGUACCUGGAAGGGUUGGGCAUACAGCGAGCUGACAUAGGUAGCGUCCUCACGCAUUAUCCUGAAAUUUUUGGGUUCAAAAUUGAAGGAACUAUAAGCACGUCAACUGCGUACCUUGUAAUGCUUGGCGUGAACCCUCGAAAAAUGGGCUCUAUUUUGACAGAAAUGCCCCAGAUUUUAGGUAUGCGUGUUGGCAAUAAUAUCAAAAGGAAAGUAGACUUUCUUAAGAGGUUUGGACUCACUAGCUCCGACAUUGCAAAGAUGAUUGAAACUCGUCCGCAGUUUUUAGGGCUAUCUUUAGAAGAUCAAAUGCAACCUGUUUUGAAUAACCUCGUAGAAAUAGGAGUAACACAGGAUACAGUAGGCCGUGUGAUAAUGCAGUUCCCAGACAUCUUAGGUCUCGACGUGAAACUGAAACUGGCUGAGAGACUGACAUGGCUAACCUCGGAAGUAGGAAUAAGUGCGGAUUCCUUGGGAGAAGUCAUUGCCAAGCUUCCUCAAAUUCUCAUCAUCAACACGACCAAGGCCAACGAGAGAGUUGAAUUUUUGAGACAGGCCGGAUUCUCAUCUGACGUUGGCUCAAUGGUGACAAACUGUCCGCAACUGCUUGCAGCUAGCAUUGAUAAGAGUCUCGAGCCCAAUUUGGCUUAUUUAGUAGGGAAGAUGAGAAGAAAGCUUGAAGAAGUAGUCGAGUUUCCAGCUUACUUGCUGUACAACUUGGAGGAAACUAUUCAACCACGGCAUGAGGAAAUCACCAAGAGGAGCAUGGAAUGCAGCUUGGCCUGGAUGUUGAACUGUACUGAUGAUGUGUUUCAGCAACGGAUAACCUUAGAGUAUGCCGAGCAAAGUACCCAGGACGAGGAACCGGACAUCCCAUACGUCGUUGCACGUCGAGCAAAGCUAACUGAUGAAACCUCAGUGCAACUGCCUGUGGAUAGUUCGGAGGAUGCCAAGAACAAGAAAUCUCCAGGAUGGGAUCAUUGAAGAAGACGAAGAACAAGAGGAAGAAUUACAUCUCUCUUUUGUUGUCACUCGGAGAAUGUGGCUGAUAGACGAUGCCUAGGAUGACUCUGCACCAGUAACUUUUGAAACAGAAUUCUCUUCGAGGUAUUCCAUCUCCACUUGAGGACUUCGUUGUUCAUGGUGUAGCAUCCGGGGAGAAAUUUGAAAGCCCACAGCCAAGAUCCUUCUUUUCCAUUAUAAACUGGUAGUCUGCUACUAUACCUUGGUUAUUGCCUCUAAUUCCUCUUCAGACAUGAUGGUUUCUUUUGCAUUGUAGUUUAGCUGAGCUUUUAUCGUGGGGUUUCAACCAGCUACCAUGGAACUAUGUGUGAUUCUCCCCUUAGGUGGAUAGGGUCUGGAAUAUCACUUAUGCAUUGCUUUUUGUUUAGGUUUAUGACUUGACUCAUGUCGACUUAUUGUUCGAUCUGGUGGUGGACUUCAGUACAUCAAUUUUGCACACGCUCCAUGUGUGUUGUGACCUCUCUAUACAGUUGUGCACUAUUUGAAGAUGUGAA